CUUAACCUCAAAAAUGCCGAACCCAACACGUCGUCGAACGACGCCGCUCAUUCACCCUUUCAUUCCUAUAACCUGUACUCCCAAUGCCUGGCCGUGAAAUUAUUAAUCUUCAAGUUGGUCAGGCUGGAAAUCAAGUAGGAGAAUCAUUUUGGAAUGCCCUUUUGUUAGAGCAUGGGCUUGAUCAGUCUGGGGCAUACGUCGGAACGAACCCCUUACAAACUGCGCGGCUCGACGUCUACUUCACCGAGGUUGCGCACACCAAUAGCCAGUCCAAGUAUGUUCCCAGAAGUAUCCAAGUCGAUCUAGAGGCCGGCGUGUGCAAUAGAUUAAAAAGUGGACCUCUCGGUAAACUCUUUCGACCCGAUACAUACGUGACAGGAAAUUCGGGUGCCGGUAAUAACUGGGCUAAAGGAUUCUACACAGAGGGUGCCGAGUUAGUGGACGCAUUAAUGGACGCAACUAGACUACAAACAGAGAAUGCCGAUACCCUGCAGGGAUUCCAAGUUAUACACUCUUUAGGUGGAGGGACCGGUUCAGGUUUAGGAAGUCUCAUGCUCUCAAAAUUACGCGAGGAGUAUCCGGAUCGGAUGCUCGCCACUUUCUCCGUUCUUCCGUCGCCCAAGGUAUCUGAAACGGUUGUUGAGCCCUACAACGCGAUGCUCUCAAUCCACCAGCUCCUUGAUUCCUGUGACCUCACUGUUUGCAUAGAUAAUGAAGCUUUGUACAACAUAACAACCGGAAUGCUCAAGAUUAAGCAGCCUGGCUUUUCUGAUCUUAAUGGUCUUAUCUCCAAGGUCAUGUGCGGUGUUAGCACCAGUCUUCGCUUCCCCGGACAACUCAACGGAGAUCUACGCAAAUUCUGUACUAAUUUGAUUCCUUUCCCUCGGUUACAUUUCUUGAUGCCGAGUUAUGCGCCUUUUCACGACGCCAGGACUCAAGCAUGGCAAGGAACGUCCAUUCCCGAGUUGACUGCCGCACUGUUUGACCGCAAAAAUCUUCUGGUAGCUUGUGAUCCUAGAUUCGGUCGUUACCUAACAGCUACUGCCAUCUUCCGAGGGAAGAUCGCAUCGCGAGAGGCUGAAUACGCUGUGCAUGAUUUACAAAAGCGGAACUCACAUAAUUUUGUUGAGUGGAUACCCGAUAACAUCUCUGUUUCUCUCGUUUCCGUUCCUCCUGUCGGCCAGAAACAGGCUGCAAUCGCCUUAGCCAAUUCAACUUCCAUACAAGAAGUCUUCCAGAGGUCAUUGGAAGGGUUCUCGGCGAUGUUCAAGCGUCGUGCAUUUUUGCACUGGUACACUGAAGAGGGUAUGGACGUGAUGGAAUUCUCCGAAGCUGAGAGUAACACAAAAGAUCUCAUUGCGGAGUAUCAACAGUAUCAAGAAGCCUCCGCGGACGUGGAUUAUGAGGAGGAGCAGGAGGAGCAAGAGGAGGAGGGGCAAGCUUUCGAAGAGGAACAACAACUGAUAUAACCGACAUUAUUGACCGGGCCGCACAGAUGUAGCUGCUGACAGCUGUAAUACUGUAGUGUGAACCGUUAGUCGCACUAUUACUUCACUCCCAAACACUCCAGACUUGAUGGAGUGACGCAUGUCUGCCCAAAAAAAACUAAUGACGUAUGCGCUAAAAUAUGAACAUCGUUCCAACGUAUAUUUUAAUUCCUAUAUGGUAUUUAGUUGACUCAGGAGGGGCUAGUUCCUUUCAAUUCACC